ACUAUUUUGAUAGUCAGCUAAAGCCUCGAUUUUAGAUUAUUUUCACCAAAUGACGCGGUCACGUUGUACAUCCAAUGAGGCACAGUACGUCCAUGAUUUAGAUUUUUAAAGCGUGUACCCAAGUUUCACCAAUUUAAGGCCACUUUUGGUAUCGCCCUUAAUACGUAUACGUAUACACUCACUCCAUCAAUAUUUGCAUGAAGGGGAAUGAGCGAUCAUUUGAUGACGAAUAUAGGUACAGAUUAUGUGACCCAGAACAUAAAAUUGAUUUAGGUCUGAGUAUAGAGUCUAAUGCUUACAUUUAUCGGAAUCUACAUGGAACAAUCGCCAUGUUUUUGAUGGAGUCAAAGUUCUCGUGAUAUAAACAUAGAUUUUUUGUUCUGGGCGUGACAUUCUAAACAACCAGGAAAUUGGCUUGCUUUACUCCGACGGGACUUUGAUCAUUUUCAGGUCUUGGCACCGGACUGGUCAUGAGAUUGAUCAGGUUUGAGAAAAACGCUGAAAUUAGGAAGCAAGACCGAUGCUGAUUUAGAGGCAAAGAAGUCACAACGAAGAAAAAAAGAACAUUUUUCUGAGUUUUUUAAUUGGUUAUUGAUCAUAUUUUACGGAUAAAACGAUAGACCUGAGGAACUAUCAGCAUUUUAGCAGUAUACGAUUAGUCUAUUCUGAGAAAAUUAAUAUUGAUAUUGUGCGCGUGCAUAAGUGUAUGGGCGAAUAUUGUCCUUAUCUAAGCCAGUGACAGAUAUAUAAUGCAUAGAUUGUAUGUCAAUACAGAACGCUAGGUUAAUAUCCAACCUUGAUAUCAACAUUGCAAUAUCGUUAGAUGCCGAUCAAUCUGCUCGUAUAUAAACGUGAAGUUUUGUAUCACUUGGAGUCAACUUUGAUACAGGUUUGACUUUGAUAUAUUGUUUCAGGAUUACUUCGGAUUCACCCAUAUCCCUGAGUUAUUCUUCUUUGGUUUAACUCAAGAUUACUGCAAUACCUGAAGACCUUUUUAUACGAGGCUGAUGUUUACCUACCUUUGCCUCGUGAAGUAUACUACUACUAGCAUGCUAGUAUGAAGCUAGUAAGCAUAGCUAGCUGCUAAACUGGCCUACUACUCACUUACAUCGGACUAGAUGUACAACUACGUGUUUUAAACCUUAUCGUAUGUUGCACGACUUGUACUUGUCGGAUACUUGAGAAUUCGAUUUUAGGAGGAAAUUGGUCAUUUCACUACUUGAGACUGCAUAUUGGAUAUUCAUUGCAUAUUUCGACGCACGUCUCGGCAGUUUGUAGAGUUUCAUCUUGAUAUGUAUCAUUCGAAUAGUGCAAAACAGGAAUAAUAUUUCUAGACAUUCGAAAAUUGGACCAUUUCCUCAAGGCUAAUCGAUAGUGAGGGCGUGGAUGAAAAAUUCAUACUAAGAAGCAAUUCUACCCAGGAUUCAAAGGAAUAUAUUUCAGAGGAGAAAUCCCUGGGAGCGUUUACUACUGGGCCAGAAGUGGGAGUUUACUUAUCGAUUACUGGAAGCCGUAUUGAGUCAUUUAGGAGUUAGGGAUACCUCGAACCUUACCAUGGAGUAUUCUCUGAGGUAGCAUUUGGAGGAUUCAGACCAACUUUCUACCGACAACACAUUCCAUAAGAAUCAACUAUGCAUUCAAAACGGAGAGAUGUUCUCUGGAACUUAGAGGUCAUGACGUUGACCCUCCUGAGUCUGGUUGCCAGUUCAUUGCUGACGGACCCAGUGUUGAAACUUCCAUUCCAAAGCACAGCCAUCCUUGAGGAAAACAGCCGCUACUUUAGGACACUUGUGCUCGAUGUAAAGAGUGAAUCAUUGUAUGUGGGAGCAGCGGAGAAUAUCUAUCGCAUCAAUCUAAAAAGUCUUGGUGAAAUACCAGUUAGGUCUGCUGAACUUAAGACAGACAAAGAUGUGGAAAAAAUCUGUAAACAGCUUGUUGGUGAUAAAUUAGAUGGUCAAUGUCGUAAUCAUAUCAGCGUGAUUAUACCUCGGGAUGAUGGUUCAAUAAUAGCUUGUGGCAAUGGAGCAAGAUCAAUUCAGACGAAUCACUAUACGUUAGAUACCAAAACGUUACAAGUGAGUAACAACACCAAGCAGUAUGGAGGUCUCAAAUGUGAUGUGCCGUCUCUUGAAGGCAACUCCUCUGUAGCAUUAGUUGACCAGGGGAAUCCUUGGGACUAUCCAGCUCUAUAUUUGGCAACCGAUAAGAUCAUCCGACCAGCACUUAAAGAUGAGGGAGGAAACGCAAAGUUAGACCAGAUUCAAACACACAUGGAUUCAAAGUGGCUGAACAACCCAAGCUUUGUUGGAUCCUACCUGGAGAAGGACCAUGUCUACUUUUGGUUCAGAGAAGUUAAAUACAGAUUAUCGAGCUUCACUGCUGAUAUUUUCUCAAGAGUUGCAAGAAUUUGUGUCAAUGAUAAAGGUGGUUCACAACGAAGUAUAUUAAAGGGACUAUGGACAUCAUACUUCAAAGGGACAUUAAACUGUUCUAUACCUGGUGGACAUCCGUAUUACUUUACCGAAUUACAAGACAUUGUGAAGAUAAAUGAUACAAUCCAUGCGAUAUUCACCACACCGUUGACUGGACCUUAUGGCUCAGCAGUGUGCACGUUCAGCCAGUCUGAAAUUGACAAGAUGUUCCUUAGUGGUAAAUUCAUGGAUGCUGAAAAUCAUUAUGAGCUUUACCAACCUACCGGUGACCCUAAACCAGGACAAAAGUGCGCAAACGACUCCUUCGUUUGGACUGAUUCAAAUACCGGGGAUCUAAAGAAGUAUAUGGACAGUGUUCUGAUGCACGAUGCCGUCCAGCAUGAUUAUAAGAAACCAGCGUACUACGAGGCCAACGCUGUCUUCAGAAAGUUGGCGGUGGAGACGUUCCAAAAAAGACCUGAUCUUAGAGUUUAUUACAUUGCAACAACGCAAGGCCAAAUUCAUAAAGUUGUAACGUGGACGAAUGACAAGGGUUCAAUAGAGUCACAUCUCUUGAUGGUAUUUCAACCAAACGAACAACUCUUCAUUUGGGAUAUGAAGCUCUAUGGUGAUAACCUGUUCUUAGCCACAGAAUCUAAAGUAAUCUACCAGCCUACGAGGCAGUGUGAUAGUUACAUGGACUGCUUCUCCUGUAGUAGGGAUCCUCAUUGCGGGUGGAAUCCUUAUGCCCUUGUAGCCAAACUAUGCCAGCCGUACGAUGGGAGCGCUGCUCUGAUACAGAACGUUGGAACAGAUGACUUUUCCACAUGCAAUGCAACUCAACUUCACCACAAGACGAUACAAUUGCCAGGAGAAAUGAUCCACCUUCCAUGUGUUGGUCGAUUUGGCGUAACAGGCCCGGUGCAGUGGAUUAAGGAUGGACAGGCCGUCAAAAUCGACUUCAAGAAGAGGUUCAUUACAAAAGAGGACGGAUUGGUAAUCAAUGACGGACAGGAGGAGGACAAAGGGUUCUAUACUUGUCAAGUUAACAAUGAAAUCAAACUAAUUACAUACGAUGUUACCAUCAAUAACGGUGGCUGCAUAAAAGGAACGGCAAAUGAAAAAUUAAUGUGCGCGUAUAUUGGUGGAUUCAGAAAGUGGUGUCAGGAGUUCGAUUCUUAUCAGACAAUGAUGAAUCAUUGGCAAAAUAUAGCAAGAAACUGCUCAAAAUGUACAGAUAAUGAUAAAAUAGACAAUGCUCAUUGUAGCGCUGCCAGAUCAAAAACGUCACGGUAGCUGGGAUUGUGGACGAGCCUAAUAGGCUGGAGAUGGAUUUGAAAUAAUCAAAACACACGCACAUUGUGAUAACGGAGGAUCUCAAACCUGGCAUUGCUGUUAGUAGCUGAGUAUAUAUAGUGACUCCGAAGUUGAGCUGAAACAUAGACCUGCAGCUGUUGACGUUGAUGAACGUCACAACAUUGUGAGAACUUGCUAUUUAUUCAAGGACACUUCGUGGUGAAGAAAUCGCAACUGGCCAUCGUGUUGUGGUCAGUAAGUUCAGUUUAUUCUGAUAUGUUGAGUAGAGGUGUUGCGAUGGAUCAUUCGAUGCGGAUAGUGACAUUAUUGUGAAUGGAGGAUAGAAGCAGUAGGUCUGUGAUGGGUCUGAAUACAGUUCCUCUUCCCCUCGUAGGGUAGAUAUGAUGUUAGAGGGCCAAGAGACUUAUAGAGGCCAUGCAGAUGGCGUUAUCACAGCAAAAGACCCAAGUGGUGAUUCCUGUUCUUGACGGCAAAACAAUGACAGUAAUGAAAUGUGGCGAUGUUUAUCGACACGUCUCAAAAUUUGUUGGUAACAUCAGCAGGGCCUCUAUAAACAAGUAGAGAGGAACAUGAAUGACUAUAAUAUAAAAAGAAAGAAACUUGCCCUGAUCUUUGCUUUCAAAAACGCUUCCAGGACAUUGAAUGACAAUAAAAACUGGUGAAAGAACGUACAUGUACUGUAACCAGUCACUGAAUAAUAGCUCAGUCACUGCCAGGGUAACGUUAAACCUGUGUAUGGUGCUGUCUUUGUAGGUCUACCAGUUACUUCGACAAUGAUAUGCGAAUGUCUGGAUGCAUCUUGUUGAUAAAUGGUUAAAGUUUUCUUUUCCCGCUAUUUCAAAUAGUUCCUACAUGACCCACAGGUAAGUUGUGGUUAAACCACAUCAUAGCUAUAAUGUCUACAUGUAUGUUGACUGAAACAGGGAUUCCUGAGGUACGCGUGUUUGAUCCCUAUCCUUUAUCCAAAAUUGUUUGUAGGAGGACAAAGUCAUAACCGCAUAGGAUCACUUUAACAAGCUGCUACGUUCUGGAGAAGAAUGUAGUCAACAGGGCCGAUGCAGUGGCUGUAAUUCUUGGCCAUCUCAUCAGUAUUUUAAAUGCUUUUUUGCAAACAUGUUUCUGUCACGCGAUGUCAAACCCAAUCAAUGAUCUUUUUGUAUAUACAAUGUAAUUUUAAUUGUAAAUACUUUAAUUGUACAUACAUGUAGGCCUAUAAGACAAAGUUGCUGCUGCGCUCAGUUUUGGUCGUAAGUGGCCAAGAACUGCAAGCCAGGUUAUUCUCUCCUCAUACUUUAUUUCAAGUUUGAGGAUCAUGAUUAUUGACGACCUGUUUACAAUAAUGAGGAGUAUUGGGGCCAAUCAGAGGGGGUGGGUGAAAUCUACCGAUCACUUUUAAUAAACUGGCUCAGUUAUGGUGCUGAUGAGGUCAAAUUCGAAUAGAAAAUGAUUUUAAGUAAUUUUGUAAGUAAGAUUAUGGAAAGUGAUAAUGCUUCUUCUUAUUGUUAUCCAAGUAUUAUCAAAGUCUCAGAGCAGCCGAUGGAGGAUACAUUAUUGGUGCAACGUGGAUCAGAGGUGAUGCUGGUUUGGCGCCGACUUAUGUAAAUUGCAUCGCUCUAGUCUCCUUUAGAAGGUAUUGCAGGUUUGGGGAAACUACCUAAAGAGAACAGGCAAAUCAUGGACGUUUUGUCGUACUUCGUGGCAACGUGUCAAAAUUACACUUUGUCUUUGUGUAACCAAAAUUGUUGAACAUUGUGAUGAUUUGUCACGAUUGAACAAAUCAUUAACAAUCAAGACAUACAAAUAGAUUCUUAGUGCCUUCUUUAACAGUUGAGGAAAAACAAAACAUCUAAGAAAUACGCAUGAGGACUAUCCAUUAACAGUGAUACAUGUAUGUCACAGUCGCGACAAUUUGAUGUACCGAAGGCCUUGGGCAAGGUCCUUUUGGGAUUAAAAAAUAUCAAAAGUGUAAUUUGUGUUUUGAUAUUCGACUAUCUCACUGUGCAACUUUGACGUAUUUUGAGUAUUCAUUUUGGUUGUCUUUUAACAUCAAUUUCCAGUACUGGCCUCGAUCGAUGUCAGGACAACAUUCAUGACAUUACAUGUAGUUUCUAUUUGGAACAAUAGUCAAUUGGCUACACUGAUGCACCAAUAGUAACAGAGAACUUCUCAAUACCAUACUGAUAAUCAUUAGUGUAUAAGUUGGAAUAUUGAUCAGAACUCAGAUGCCUUUUUGGACGAUUAUUUUGUACAUUUUGAUAACUGAUAUAAUUUAUAAUCGAGGUGUGCUAUCAAGCUGUAAUUUUUUGGGCAAAUAAUCAUUAUUUAAUCACAAAAAAUGUAAUUUGAGAAAAUAAACAUUUUCUUAUUAG